AGGAGCGGAAGUUGAGGAAGUCGUGUAAUAGAUCGUGGAAUGAAGAGACCGUGUUUGUUCCAACGGUGCGCCGCUCCAGAGUUCAGGAAGCCUCAAUAAAACCACCCUGACACUAAACACACGCGCUCAUCCGGACUGUGACUCGAGACUGGAUCAGGACUCUUCUGCAUUAUGCAUUCGGACUGCAGGCUGCUGGGAUGGACGCGUCGCUAAUGGUGGGCAGAGGGACCGGAGGGGCUGCGGUCUUCAUCCUGAUCGUCUUCAUCUUACUCCUCGGUGCCAGAAGCUCGCGGGCGCAGAAGGGGGACGGCUGUGGACACACAGUGCUGGGUGUGGGCAGUGGGAGCCUGGCGUCUCUGGGGUAUCCUCUGUCCUAUCCCUCAAACUCUGUGUGUGAAUGGGAGAUCAGCGUGAACACCGGACACACAAUCCUUGUGCGCAUUGCGGAUCUUGAUAUAGACACAAACAACUGCCAAGUUUCUUACCUGCGACUCUAUAAUGGCCAUGGACCGGGGAGAACGGAAAUUGUGAAGUUUUGUGGAGGGAAAGAACGGCGAGACGCUGUCAUACCGUCGGAGGGGCAUCAGGUCACAGUGCAGUUCAUGAGUGGACCACACAACAACGGCCGAGGCCUCUUCCUCUCCUACACCAAAAGUCAGCACACAGACCUCAUCACCUGUCUGGAAAAAGGAGAGCACUUCAGUGAAGCGGAGUUCAGUAAAUUCUGUCCUGCUGGAUGCCUGACUGAUUUCGGAGAGGUUUCGGGAACCAUACCGCAUGGAUACAGAGAUUCUUCUCCUCUCUGUCUGGCCGGUGUUCAUGCGGGUGUGGUCUCCAACACUCUGGGGGGGCAAAUCAGUGUGGUCAGCAGCAAAGGCAUCCCACACUACGAAAGCUCGCUGGCCAACAAUGUGACAUCUGUGCCUGGAAAUCUCUCCCCAAGCCUCUUUACUUUCAAGACUAGUGGUUGCUAUGGCACUUUGGGUUUGGAGUCGGGGGUGAUCAGUGACUCUCAGAUCACAGCCUCCUCAGAGUGGGAAUGGGGCGGUCACGGAAAGGAGCCCUCUGUCUGGAGCCCCACGGGGGCUCGCCUCAAAACACCAGGACGUCCGUGGGCAGCAGCCAACAGUGACAUAAAAGAAUGGAUUCAAGUGGACUUAAAGAAGGAGAAAAAAAUAUCAGGUAUUACCACCACUGGCUCCACCCUCCAAGAAUAUCAGUUUUACAUCUCAGCCUAUGAGGUAUUAUAUAGCCAUGACGGACAGCAGUGGAAACCCUAUCAAGACAUUGGAUCAGAUAAAAAUAAGAUUUUCCAAGGCAACACCAACUAUCUUCAGGAAGUGCGGAACAACUUUAUUCCUCCAAUUGAAGCACGCUUCAUACGAAUAUGUCCCUUGCAGUGGCACCAGAGGAUCGCCCUUAAAAUGGAGCUGCUGGGCUGCCAACCUCAUGCAGCGAGGCCAAGAAUCUUCCAUCCAGCAGCUCCUCCCCCUCGCAGAAAAAGCACAGUGCCCCCCCUACAGGAGAGGACGACACACACACCCAACAUCCGAAACACCACCAUGCCUCCGCACUCUCACGAUGAGGUGGCGCUGGUGGCAGUGUUGGUUCCUGUGUUGGUGGUGGUUCUGACAACGUCUGUGUUAGUCAUGGUGUGCUUGUGGCUGUGGAAGAACAGAAAAAGCCCAGAGGUGACUUAUGACCUUCCACACUGGGAGCGCACAGUGUGGUGGAAGAGUAUGAAACAGUUGCUGCCCUCUAAGUUGGAUGGAGAAGACUGUGUUCGUUACAGUUCCACGGCAAGAGUAGACCACCAGAGACCCCGGGUGGAGCCUGCAGAAUACGCCCAACCACUUGUCACCGGUACAAUGGCCUCUCUUGGACAAAGGUCAACGUUUAAGCCCGAAGAAGCUGAUACCCCCGAGUAUGAUGCUCCUAUUCCCCCUGAACAUUACCAUGCUUACGCUGAACCCCUUCCUGCAUCUGGCUCUGAAUAUGCCAUGCCAAUCAUGAUUGACAGGGCUAACCACCUAUCAGGAGGCACGUUACCAUUCAGGGGGCGUGGUUUAGUGGCUCAGACAGACAGCAGCCAAUCAGCAGGCUCAGCCUAUGACACACCCAAGAGCACAUCUGAUCAAGCCACACACACAGAGGGACAGUUGUACCAAGUGCCACAGAAUACCCACAAUGCACCAUGUCAGAAAAAAGACUGACCAGUCGCAGAAGAGCCGACCCUUUUGGAAGCCCACUGCUGAACAUUACCUUUCCCAGAAAUCUGCAGAUCAGAUCAGAAUGUGCCGUCUCAAAUUGUAUGCCGCGCAAGUCCUAUCACUGAAAUAACACACAGGAAUGUCAGGAGAGAGAGAACAGCAGAGAUCUCGUUACACUACUGUGUUUUGUGUGUUCAUAUGUCUAAAUGUGUUUGUACGAGUGCAUAUAUGUGACUGUGCUCUGCUAUCAAACUGUGAGUCCUUAGAUAUCUGUGCAUUUUUCUGAGAGCGGAGAUGUAUGCGACUCGAUCGCUCGUUGUAAGGCACAUUUUUCCCUUUAGGCAAAGAUAUUUUCAACAAAAUCACCCUAACGCAGAAUAACAAAUGAUCGCAUUUCAAAUGAAUAGACAAACACUCUCAUAACACUGUGAUUCACUGUCAUUUUGCACUGUUGUAUUUUAUUCUGCUGUUACAUAGGUGCCUUCUUUGUGACAAAGCAACACAGGCCUGUGCUGGUUUCUCUAGUUCUGUUCCAAAACCUGGUGAGUUAACUUGCUAUUGAUACUGCCUACAUAGACUCCCUGCAGCAUACUAACUUAUAGGGGUGCACAUCUGACAUUGGUUUUCUUAGCCAGAGAUACAAUAUUUUUGAUCUGGUUACAGUUUAAUAGAUUCAGGGGCCUGCGGGUGAUCUAUCAAUAGUAUGAUAUUAUGUGCCCAUUUUAAUUUUCUCACAAAUGCAGCCAAAAUAUAAUAAUUGAACUCUAACAAUGGCAAUUCUGUAUCUAUAACAAAAAAAUCAAGUCUCGCAUGAGAUCAUCAGUCAUCUGAUGACAGUUCAUCAUUGGCUUGUGCAAUGAUGUAAACCAUGACAACAGUCAAGAAAGUCUUUCAGUCUUCUGUGCAAAUCCAAAUUAGAAAUUAUGUUCUAAAUUCUAAAUUAGGUACUUAGUUGUUGAAACAAUGUACUUGUACUGAAAAAAAGGUCAAAAAUACAGUUUGAUGUAUUUUUAAGUCAAACAAGUUUUCUAGUAAAUCUUAUAGAUAUAUA